AUGAGCGCGCUUCCCAGGCUGCCCAAGGAUGCUCCGCCCGUGAGCAUCAGCGCACCCAAUGCUGCUGUCGACAUUGUCGCCGCCACACCCUCCCUUGUCGAGGCACGUCACGAUUCGGUCUCGUCGAGCUUCGCAGAUGAUGACAAGUCAGCCACCAAGGAUGGUGGGUGGACGCCGAGCCAAUCCGAGUCGCUCGUCGACGACGACCUGGCACCUCUCUGCCGCACCCACGUCUUCCAGGACGAAAAAGUGGCCGAGCACUGGCGCAAUCUCUACGACUCGACGCAGUACGAGAACCGACACCGCUUCGACCCGACGUUCGAAUGGACCGUAGCCGAGGAAAAACGGCUGCUGCGAAAGGUCGACACGCGUGUACUCGUGUGGAGUUGGAUCAUGUUCAUGUCGCUCGACCUCAUCCGCAAAAACAUCAACCGCGCCCUUGCCGACAACAUGCUCGGCGACCUCGGCAUGAACCAGAACGACUUCAACAACGGCCAGGUCAUCUUCCUCCUCUCCUUCCUCAGCGCAGAACUCCCCUCGGGUCUGAUUUCAAAGAAGCUCGGCGCGGACAUCUGGGUGCCGACACAGAUCGUCUCUUGGAGCAUCGUCUCGGGAAGCCAAGCCGCUCUUCGCAACAAGGCUGGCUUCUUCAUCACUCGUGCAUUGCAGGGUCUUGCCCAAGGCGGCUUCCUUCCUGAUCAGAUUUUGUAUCUCAGCUAUUGGUAUACAGGCAAAGAGCUCAACACAAGACUCAGCUACUUCUAUACUGUCUUGGGCCUCAGCCAGAUCCUUGGAUCUCUUCUCGCGGCCGGUUUUAACCAGCUCAGAUCUCUGCAUGGACUGGCUGGUUGGAGAUGGCUCUUCCUCUUCGAGGCUAUCAUCACCCUGGUCAUCGGCGGCCUCUCUUUCUUCAUGUUGUCCCCCAGCCCCACCCAGACCAAGGGCAUCCUGCGCGGCAAGAACGGCUGGUUCACAGAGACGGAGGAGAAGAUUCUCAUCAACCGUGUGCUCCGAGACGACCCCUCCAAGGGCGACAUGAACAAUAGAGAGGGUGUCUCGGUCAAGGGUCUCCUCCGCUCGCUCGGCGAAAAGGAUCUCUGGCCCGUCUAUCUCCUCGGUCUUGUGGUGUUUAUCCCCUACUCGCCGCCACAGACGUACCUCUCGCUCAUCCUCAAGCAGCUUGGAUACGGUACGCUCGAUGCCAACCUACUCGCGAUUCCGUCGCAGUUCUUCUUUGCCUUCAACACGAUCUGGUACACCUGGCUUUCGGCGCGUUUCAACGAGCGCGGCAUCAUGGCAUCGCUCUCCAAUGUUUGGAACAUCUCGUUCCUCAUCCCGCUGUAUCUGCUCAAACACAGCUCGUCCGAGCACUACAACUGGAUCCGCUACGGCCUCAUCACCGCCCUCACUUCCGUUCCCUACUGCCAUCCAUUCCUGAUUGGGUGGGUGUCACAGAACUCGCAGUCGGUGCGAAACCGUGCUGUGUCGCUGUGUCUGUACAACAUGUCGGUUCAGGUCGGCUCGAUUUUGUCCACACGCGUCUACACGAACGGCGACAAACCGUACUACCGCAAGGGAAACCUUGCCCUCGUGAUUCUCGCCGCUGUGGGUAUCGUACUCUGCUGGCUCGUAAAGCUCUACUACAUCAAACGCAACCAAACCAAACGCCGCAUCUGGGAUGCUCUGACCCCAGACCAGCAGCUCCAGUACAAACUCAGCACAAAGGACGAGGGCGCCAAACGUCUCGAUGUCUUCUUCGUCCACUAG